AUGCUGCAAGGAGGCCAGGAGCAUAGUGGCAACAUGGUGACCAUGCAGCUGCUCCUGCUGACUGUGGUUCUGAUCUUGCCCUCUGUAGAGGAAUCAUCCUACAGGAAUCCUAGAUAUGUUGCCACUGCUGACAAGCUUCUAGGAAAGUGGUACAUAAUUCGCUGGGCAGGAAACCUGCCUGUAUCUGCAAAGAAGAAGCUCAUCCCACUGCCACCCUUCACAUUUGUCAAAAACAUCAUCAGCAACUUGGAAUUUAGGAUGAAUGUCUCAAAACCCACUGGGUGUGUUGAGUUCAAGAUAUCUCUGAAUGAAGAUAAAAAUAAACCUAGUAAUUUCUAUAUCUGGCCAAAGCAUAGGAUCACCAUUGAAUUCCUGGGUGGGAAGAACUUUGCUAUCGCCUUCCAUGUCAGCGAAGCCUACAACCUAACCCUCACGAUGACAAUGCUUAUGGGUCGAAAUAUGGCUCCAAAGAGAACAAUGUUAUUGGAUUUUGAAGAUACUGUAGAAGACCUAGGGCUGAACAAAACAGAUAUUAUCCACCCUAAAUGUGAUGAUUCCUGUGAGUUGUCCAGAGAAAUUUAG